CUGGCUGGUUUGAUGAGUUGAUGGAACAAGUGGCGAAUAGAAGGGUCCUGUUUACUCAGUGAACUAUGGAAAUGUGUGUUGAUGACUCCAGCCUGGAGCGCUGGGAGGUGAUUGGCUCUGGGGGUUUCGGACAAAUCUACAAAGCCAGGCAUUGUCGGUGGGCCUGUGAUGUGGCCAUUAAACUGCUUCGUCAUGACGACGGGACCAAUGCGUCUUUGCUACGUGAGAUCGACAUGAUGCGCCAGGCGAGCAGCCCGCAUGUUAUUCGCGUCCGAGGGAUCUUCAAGGGUCGACCGCCCCACUCUGGCCCAUCAACGCAGCUUGGCGUGGUAAUGGAGCUCAUGGAGAGAGGAUCACUGGCCACCCUACAGGAGGCCUUGAGUGAAACUCCACCACCCUGGCCGCUAGUCUUCAGACUGGCUCACCAAGUGGCUCUGGGUAUAAACUUCCUCCACAGUCUGCCCCAUCCCGUGCUCCACCUGGACCUGAAGCCCCCCAAUGUGCUGCUGGACGACUCUCUCAAUGCAAAGCUUACAGAUUUUGGCCUUGCCCGGAUUUCCUGCAGCGUCUCACGGGUUUCCAAGAAGGAUGAUGGAGAGGGAGGGGGGACGGUCAACUACAUGCCACCGGAGGCAUUUGAAUUAUUGUACAAACCCAACCGAGCCUCUGAUAUCUACAGUUAUGGUAUACUACUAUGGUCCAUUGUCACAGGGAAACAACCAUAUGGAAAUGCGAAGCCCACCAGAGUGCAACUUCUCAUCCCGGAGGGACAGCGUCCACUGCUGGACGAUAUCAGGGGCCAGGCUGCGGGGUUGGCAGAGUUGACAGGACUGAUGAAGAGAUGCUGGGACAAUAAACCCAAAGAAAGGCCCCCUGCCCUUGAGUGUACAACUGAGACAGAAGAACUCUAUAAGAUGCACAAACAUGCAAUUAAUGACGCUGUCCAUGAAGUGCUAAAGAAACUGGACCAAAAGGAAGAAGCAGGAAUGACAGAGUAUAAAACAAUCGAACCAAUGAGCGCCGCCAGGGAACUAACGAUUUUCCAAUCAGCGCCAUUGGCGGGACUAACACAGAUGUCAAGAUGUCCAGCAUUUGUUUACAUAGGUGAGACUCUUGACUCUUCUUCAAAGUGCCAGCGAAAACUCAAAUCCAACCUACAAAAAAGGUUCUACUGUGUGUUUGAGGGGAUUGCUAAAGCAGGAAACUCAACAGUUCUGAAUCAGAUGUACACACGGCUCUACGUCAGAAAGGGAGGGACUACAGAGGUCAAUGAUGAACAUGAGGCCAGACAAAUUGAAACAGCAUCUUGGAAACCAGACAGACCAGAAACAACAAUCAGACAAGAAGACAUCUUUAAAGCCUCGAAUGAAAGAGAUGAACCGAUCAGGACAGUGAUGACAAUGGGAGUGGCUGGCAUUGGGAAAACAGUCUUAACACAGAAGUUCACUCUGGACUGGGCUGAAGACAAAGCCAAUCAGGACAUCCAGUUCACAUUUCCAUUCACUUUCAAAGAGCUGAAUGUGCUGAAAGAGAAAAAGUACAGCUUGGUGGAACUUGUUCAUCACUUCUUUAGUAUUACAAAAGAAGCAGGAAUCUGCAGCUUUGAAGAGUUCCAGGUUUUGUUCAUCUUUGACGGUCUCGAUGAGUGUAGAUUUCCUCUGGACUUCCUCAACACUGAGAUCCUGACUGAUGUAACAGAGUCCACCUCAGUGAAUGUGCUGCUGACAAACCUCAUCAGGGGGAAACUGCUUCCCUCUGCUCGCCUCUGGAUAACCACACGACCUGCAGCAGCCAAUCAGAUCCCUCCUGAGUGUGUUGACAUAGUGACCGAGGUCAGAGGGUUUGCUGACCCACAGAAGGAGGAGUACUUCAGGAAGAGAUUCAGAGAUGAGGAGCAGGCCAGCAGAAUUAUCUCCCACAUCAAGACAUCACGAAGCCUCCACAUCAUGUGCCACAUCCCAGUCUUCUGCUGGAUCACUGCUACAGUUCUGGAGGAUGUGUUGAAGACCAGAGAGGGAGGAGAGCUGCCCAAGACCCUGACUGAGAUGUACAUCCACUUCCUGGUGGUUCAGUCCAAACUGAAGAAUGUCAAGUACGACGGAGGAGCUGAGACAGAUCCACACUGGAGUCUAGAGAGCAGGAAGAUGAUUGAGUCUCUGGGAAAACUGGCUUUUGAGCAGCUUCAGAGAGGCAACCUGAUAUUCUAUGAAUCAGACCUGACAGAGUGUGGCAUCAAUAUCAGAGCAGCCUCAGUGUACUCAGGAGUGUUCACACAGAUCUUUAAAGAGGAGAGAGGACUGUACCAGGACAAGGUGUUCACCUUCAUCCAUCUGAGUGUUCAGGAGUUUCUGGCAGCUCUUCAUGUCCAUCUGACAUUCACCAACUCUGGUGUGAAUCUGCUGCUAAAAGCAAAAUGGUGGUCUAAUCCAUUUAAAGACAGAUCUACACCGACACAUCUCUACCAGAGUGCUGUGGACAUGGCCUUACAGAGUCCAAAUGGACACCUGGACUUGUUCCUCCGCUUCCUCCUGGGUCUUUCACUGGAGACCAAUCAGACUCUCCUACGAGGUCUGAUGACAAAAAGAGGAAGUACUUCACAGACAAAUCAGGAAACAGUCCAAUACAUCAAGAAGAAGAUCAAUGAGAAACUAUCUCCAGAGAGAAGCAUCAAUCUGUUUCACUGUCUGAAUGAACUGAAUGAUCAUUCUCUGGUGGAGGAGAUCCAACAGUACCUCAGAUCAGGAAGUCUCUCCACAGAUAAACUUUCUCCUGCUCAGUGGUCAGCUCUGGUCUUCAUCUUACUGUCAUCAGAAAAACAUUUGGAUGUGUUUGACCUGAAUGAAUACUCUGCUUCAGAGGAGGCUAUUCUGAGGCUGCUACCCGUGGUCAAAGCCUCCAACAAAGCUCUGUUAACUAGCUGUAACAUCUCAGAGAGAAGCUGUGAAGCUCUGUCCUCAGUUCUCAGCUCCCCGUCCCCUAGUCUGAGAGAGCUGGACCUUAGUAACAACGACCUGCAGGAUUCGGGAGUGAAGCUGCUGUCUGCUGGACUGGAGAAUCAACUCUGUACACUUGAAACUCUCAGGCUGACUGGCUGUAAACUAUCAGACGGGAGCUGUGAAGCGCUGUCCUCAGUUCUCAGCUCCCAGUCCUUUAGUCUGAGAGAGUUAGACCUGAGUAACAACGACCUGCAGGACUCAGGAGUGAAGCUUCUGUCUGCUGGACUUCAGAGUCCAUACUGUACAUUGGAAAAUCUUAGGUUAACUGGCUGUAACCUCUCAGAGAGCAGCUGUGCAGCUCUGUCCUCAGUUCUCAGCUCCCAGUCCUCUAGUCUGAAAGCGUUAGACCUGAGUAACAACGACCUGCACGAUUCAGGAGUGAAGAUACUGUCUGCUGGACUUCAGAGUCCAUACUGUACAUUGGAAAAUCUCAGGUUGAGUGGCUGUAACCUGUCAGAGAGAAGCUGUGAAGCUCUGUCCUCAGUUCUCAGCUCCCAGUCCUCUAGUCUGAGAGAGCUGGACCUGAGUAACAACGAACUGCAGGAUUCAGGAGGGAAGCUGAUGUCUGCUGGACUUGAGAGCGCAUACUGUACACUGGAAUCUCUCAGUCUGUCAGGCUGUCUGAUCACAGGAGAAUGCUGUGCUUCUCUGGCCUCAGCUCUGAGCGCCAACCCCUCCCAUCUGAGAGCGCUGGACCUGAGCUACAAUCAUCCAGGAGAGUCAGCCGUGAAGCUGCUGUCUACUGGACUGGAGAAUCCACACUGGAGACUGGACACUCUCAGGGUGGACCAUGGUGGAGAGCAAAGGUUAAAACCUGGCCUGAAGAAGUAUUUCUGUGAACUCAUAGUGGACACAAACACAGUGAACAGAAACCUGUCUGAAAACAACAGGAAGGUGACAUAUGUGGAGGAGGAGCAGCCAUAUCCAGUUCAUCCAGAAAGGUUUGACUUCUGGAAACAGCUGCUGUGUAGAAAUGGUCUGACUGGUCGCUGUUACUGGGAGGUCGAGUGGAGAGGAAGAGUUCGCGUAGCAGUGAGUUACAAAGGAGUCACCAAGAGAGGACCCAGUGUUGACUGUAUGUUUGGAGUGAAUUAUCGGUCCUGGAGUCUGAAUUGCUCUGAUGAUGGUUACUCUGUCUGUCACAAGAACAGAGAAAAAGUCCUUCCUUCCUUCUCCUCUGUCUCUGUUUCUCACAGAGUAGCAGUGUAUGUGGAUUGUCCUGCUGGCACUCUGUCCUUCUACACAGUCUCAUCUGACCAACUGAUCCACCUCCACACCUUCAACACCACAUUUACUGAACCUCUUUAUCCAGGAUUUGGGUUCAGGUUGAAGUCAUAUGGUUCCUCAGUGUCUCUUUGUUCUCCGUAGGUGGGAGACAACUACCAGUCCUGUGUUAAAUGUUGGAGGUGGACAUAGAAAAAGGUUGUUGUUGAACUCGAAAACUUCUUUUAAACUGACCGUUGUUGAUCUAAACAGGGAUGGAAGAAGUAUUUAGAUCCUUUACUUAAAUAAAAGUACUAAUACCACACUGUUAAUCUGUUACAAUUAAAAGUCCUGCAUUGAAAUUGUAACUUAAGUAUAACUACGUAAGGAAUCAGGAAAAUGUACUUUAAGUAUUAAAAGUAAAAGUUCU